AUGGCGGAUGCUUACUUGAGCUUCUUGAGAAUCACUCUUCCGGACGAUCUCGUGUCUGUUCUCAGUGAUAUUCUGAAUCACUUGGAGAAGGGCGAAUACGAUGCAGUUCUCCAGUCACCUCAAGUUGCGAUACUCUUAGGCCUCCAAGAUAACGAAAAGACCCAAGACGUAUCUGCGAGCGACUUCCCUCUAUGGAGCGACUACGUUUCGCGCCGUCUAGGACUCAUCCUUGCAAACUGCGAUGAGGAAACCCAAGACUCCGCAGCGUAUCUGCAACACCUUUUUCUUGUCGUAGCUGUCGCGUGCUUAUACGCCUUUCUACAGUCCAAUGUCACUGGACCUCCUCUACCGUUUUCCUCUUCAAAAACCCUCUUCCCUCAGGAGAUCUCUUCGAAUCCGUCUGCAGUGUCCACAUUGAGGCAGGAUCUAAUCCAGUCACUCAGCGCAGAUGGAGAGGCUGCAUACAAGCUGACUCCGAAUAUUGAGCUCCUCUGUCUCGCGGACACGAUACUAUCAAGUCCGCCGAUUCAGAAGAACAUCAAGGCGGCUGCCUGGGUAAAGCUUCGAACCACUUUCCUACACCAGCGAUUGCUAUCUGAGAUCGCACCGUCAUUACAAUCAUCUAUCUAUGAAAACCUGGAGGCUCUGGAAGCCGAUUUGCUUUCUACCGAGUCACAGUAUUCCACUCCUGAUAUCAGAGUACAGUUCCUUCUUGAACGCGCAACAAUCCAUACACAUCACGGUCUGGAUAAGAAAGCCCGGUCUGAUCUCAACCAGGCGGCUUCACAGCGGCAUUUUGAGUUUGCCUUGACCGGAUUACUUGGAAAGAGAACCAAAUUUCAACAGUUUGAUACGAGCCAGCUCGUAGUGUUGGCCCGAAGCGCUAAAGAUACGAAUGAGGCGCCACGAGUAGACGGACAAGAAACUGGAGCGAAGAUCGAUUCUUCAAGACCUAAAACCCUUGACCUCAACGACGAUACGCUUCUUGAAUCUAUCUCGUUUGUCGACACACCGUUUUCAUCUACAGAUGUCAAGGAUGAAUCGAAACUUCCUGCUUCUCUGACCACUUUGGAUCCUGCGAACCAACCACUCUUGGAGCCUCUGGACUCUAUAAUCCUUCUGUCUCUCGCUUCUUCGAUCACAAACACUUCUCCAUCGGAUGGUCUUACCAGAGAAGAGACUAUACCCUACGCAACCCGCGUGCUAGACGGUGGAAGCUCAAAUUGGCAGGUUUACACCCAGGCGCUCCUUGUGCGAAGUAGAAUUGAAGGAUACAGAUCCCGAACGAUAGAGCGUGGCCUGCUACAGCUUCAGGCUCUCGUCGAUCAGGUCAUCGCAGACACCACGUCCGACAGCCCAACUCCAACUGGCACCACUACCUUCCUCCCAAAAGCCAACGAAACCGAUUCAGCACCAGUGAGCGAGCGCAUAAAGUACAUUUUCCAACUUUGCUCGCCCUCUCGCUGGGAGCUCGAAGCAGAGCUGGCCUCGAGAUGGGUCAGCAUGGGAGGUCUCCGAUCCGCUCUGGAGAUCUACGAAAGACUCGAAAUGUGGGCCGAAGCUGCUCUAUGCUGGGCUGCUACUGAAAGGGAAGAUAAAGCCAAGAAGAUCAUCCGUCGUCAACUCUUCCACGCCACCAAUGGGCCUGACGAUACGGCUGAUCCAGAAGAGGAGAAAUGGGAAGGACCCCUACGAGAACCCGCUCCCGCAGACGCGCCUCGACUGUAUUGCAUUCUGGGCGACAUCGACCAGGACACAGCCAUGUACGAGACAGCUUGGACAGUCUCAAAGAACCGCUACGCCCGCGCCCAGCGCUCCCUAGGCCGCCACUACUUCACCCUUAAAGACUACGAGCGCGCCAUAACGGCCUACUCCGCCUCGCUGAAAAUGAACGCCCUGAACCAAUCCAGCUGGUUCGCCCUCGGCUGCGCACACCUCGAGCUCUCGCAGUUCAAAAACGCCGUCGAGGCCUUCUCCCGCUGCGUGCAGCUCGACGACACCGACGCCGAAGCCUGGAGCAACCUCGCCGCCGCCCUGCUGCACCUCCGCACCUCCGCCUCACAGGAAGACGAAGAUGGCGAAGCCGCCCACCCCCUCGCCGCCCACCAAACCAACCCCCAGCAACCCCGCCUCGACGCCCUCAAAGCCUUCCGCCGCGCCGCCGCCCUCAAGCACGACAGCUACCGCAUCUGGUCCAACCUGCUCACCGUCGCCGCCUCCACCGUCCCGCCCGCCUACAACGACAUCGUCCGCGCGCAGACGCGCAUCUGCGAGCUGCGCGGCGUCACCGACGGCGAGGCGUGCGUCGACGCGGCGAUCCUCGCGGCGCUGGUGCGGCACAUCGCCUCCGUCGCGACCGAGCCGUACGACCCCGCGAAGCCAGGCCUCGCGCGCAUGGUGGGCGAGCUGGUCGACAAGCACGUCGUGCCGCUGAUCACGGCGUCGGCAAAGCUGUGGCAGGUGGUCGCGCGGCUGGCGCUGUUCCGGCGGCAGCCGUCGGCGGCGCUGGCGGCGCAUGAGAAGGCGUGGCGCGCUGUUGCGGGCCAGCCCGGGUGGGAGACGGGGAGUGUGGAGCAGUGGGAGGGGGUCGUGGAUGCGACGGUGGAGCUGGCGGAUGCGUAUGAGAGUCUUGGGGAGAUGGAGCGGACGGAGGGGUUGGCGGCGGGGAGUGGGGAGGUGGUGGCGAAGGAUUGGCGGUUCAAGGCUAGGAGUGCGGUGAGAGGGAUUAUGGGUAGGGGGAAGGAGAGCUGGGAGGGGACGGAGGGGUGGGAGAGAUUAGUUAUGGCAUUGGAGGGCUUGAAGGGGGGUAGGUGA